CAAGUGUGUGUAGGAGAGCAGUCCUGUGUUUUUAUGAUAAUGGAUUUUACUUCCAAUGUUUUAUAAUGCAUCGAUAGAUGGUUUCAUUAAUGGUACCAAUCUUGACCUUUUAACUAUUCCAACUGUUGGUAUGAGGUUUCAAAAAAUCUACAAGGCCAGGGUCAAACCCAUGCCAAAAAACCACAUGGCGCCUAUUGGAGGGGUGGCUGUUUUGGAGCCGGCUCCACGUGGCAUCAUUGUUUUUUGGCCAUGGUCAAAGUGGCAUUGUUGGUUUUUGGCCGUGGUUUUGACCCUGGCCAAAGAGCAGGGUUAAUGAGGUUUUUCGUUUCUUACAUCUUACACCAUAUUGAGUCUUUGUCAUAUUAGAAGACACCUUGUCAGGAGGAUUAUCCGAGGUUUUAUGUUGGAUCUUGUCAUAUAUCGUAAGAUAUUAGCCUUAUUAACUCAAAUUAGUUUAUAAUCCACAUCUCAAGCUAGCUUCUAAUAGCAUGUAAAACUAUCAAACUAUGACAUGACUGUAGUCAAUACUAUAAUGAAGAACUUCCCACAAGCAACUGCAAUAUUCCUACACCAAUUGUGUUCUGAUUUCUAAAAUAACAAAUUUGAUGAUUUGAAGGAGUUUUCAAUUCUGCUGGGCAAUUACAUACAAAUUUUUAAGGAGAAACUUUCGAUCAUGCUAAUACCAUUUCUUAAUCAAAUAUUGCAGUCUGUCUUUUUUAUCCUUUUAACGGUGAUCUUAAUUUACUGUUCAUCUCGUAAUUUCUCUUGUGAAGCAGUGUUUGAUAAAUUUUAUAUUGUUGUAUUGUGAAUUCUAUUGUGAUAUCCGGCCUCCAAAUGCUGUAAAUGUGAUAAACUUGUAAUGCUCGGAGGCCAUCUUGUCUGAAAUAGUCAAAGAAAGCUUUAGAUGUUCUAGUCUUAUAGAUAGAUAUUACUUGGUGACUGAGCAAGAGUCAUGGGAGGUCCAAGGCUACACGAUGGUUACCUGGUUACUGCUGCUACUGGUUGCUGAUAAUUAACAAGUGCUGGUUGCUGAUAAUUAACGAGUCUUCAGAAAUCAGUAAGGCUGGUUGCUUCCAGUUAUUGUCCUUGCCAAAUACUAUGGCUACCUGAUUUUGGUUGCUGCUGCUGCUGCUGUCAAGAUUUGAGGCUUCUGUCUUCUACAAUUAGUUCUGCAGGAUGUUGAUAUGACCCCAGAGUUGCUUCUUCUAUGUAUGCAACCUCUCGUUUGCUGCUUCCUCAUUACUUGGUCUUUUCCUGGGAAUAUUUCUGUACAAUCUAUUAUCUCUGAUGCAAGAAAUGCCUUUCUUUCCAACUCUGAUUUGGGCGCAAUUCUAUUUUGAGUUACCUUUUUAAAUUCCAGAAUGAUUUUGAUGAUUAUCUGGUUACUGCCGCUGUGGGUUGCCAAGGCUUCUGAAAGUGAUCAGGCUUGCUGGUUCCAAUUUUUGCCAACAUACAACUGUACGCGGAUGCUGCUGCUAGAGGAUUAGCUGCUUCUGCCUUCUGCAAUUUGUGCUGUAAGACGGUGGUACUAUGACCAAAAUUGCUGCGUGUGUUGUGUAAUAUGUUUCCUUAUCUUACUUGUUUAUGCUGUUAUUGUGCCAGUAUUUUAUGCUUGCUGCAUGUUUGAUUUACACUGAACUUUGUAAGAUUGCUCGUCAGAGUAAUUUCUCAGUAGUAGGUCAGUGCACUUUAUUGUGUGGGAUGCAAGAAAUGCCUCUACAUUCCAGCUUCUGGUUUGAUCUAGACUCUAUUUUGAGUUGCGGCUUUGAAUUCCAGGUUGAUUUGAUGGUAAUUUAUCCUGAUCUUAAGCUUGAAUAGUCUGUCUAGUUGAGAUCUUGAUCAAUGAUUAAUUGCCAUUUCUGACUGGUAAAGUAUAAAUUAAUUACGAUUUUCAGUCUUUGUAGUGAUAAGAUUGUCAUUUAUAUAGUUUUGAACUCUCGAUAUUGGCCAUUUUCUUGCAAGAUUUUGAGUUAAGAAAAUUUAUUUGUUAAUUUAUCAGUUCGUUUUUGAAAUAUGAUCUUAGGGAUGGCAAUGGGAUUGGUUUGGUUGGGUAGGGCAGCCAUUCUUGUCUUCGAGUAUUUUGUUAUCGUGGCCCACUCCUAUAUUCAGUUUGGCGUGGUGGGGUAGGUUCGUUGUCUCGUUUAUCAUUUUGUUUAUUUUUUAUUUUUAUUUUUAUUUUUUCAUGUCUCUAGUUAGAGAAAAUUAUUACUAUUAUUAUUUUUUCAAUGUGUUAAUAAUGAUCCAUGUUUACUUCUGAAAGGAAUGAUGAUUUUUUAUUUUUUAUAUUCUUUUUGUCAUGUUAAAAGCGUGGGAGCCAUGUCACUGGGAGCGAAAUCCCGCCCGAUUUCAGUGGGUAUGGGGUUUAAACGGUUUUUUUGCGUCCGUGGUUGUAAUUCACCUAUGUUAAAAAUGGUUGUAAAUUAACUUUUUCGACCGAUAAUUUAUGACCUUUUUAAGUGCUGAUGUCAUUUAGUUCUUGCUUAAUCCUCGUCAUUAUUAAAAUUAUAUAUUUUUUCUUUUAUUCUUUUCAAUCACAUUUUUUAAUAAAAUAAUAUUAUAUAUAAAUUAAAAAAAAUUUCUUCAUUUUUAAGUACUUUUUUUUCAACAAUCUACUUUUUCAAAAUGUAUUUUUAGGGAAAAAUAGGGCACAAGCAGUUGUUGAGCCUGGUCAUUAUUUUUUAUUAUGUGGAGUGGAAGAAGAUUUGACUUGCACAUGCUUGGCAGUACCCUUUUGCGAUGGUAGGAAAAGGCUCGGAGUAGGUUACCCACUCUUAACGGUCAAAGUGAGCUUCUUUAUUUUGAAUUUGUUAAUUCAGAUUGAAUCAAAUUUCUUGAAGUAGGAUUAGGACUUACGGUCUAUUGGUUAACAGCCAACCUCUACCAUUGUGAAAGUUACACGUCUCGUCUCCUCUUUGAGGAAAAUAGUUUGGUAUGAAUAUUUUAGAUACUCGAUUGGGGGAGCCAAUAGUGAACCACACUCUAUUUGGCAAUAAUUAAAAUUCAGUAAGUUGAUUAAUUUUGAGAGUUAUGCUACAAUGACAAAAGAGUUUGACAAAAUUGGAUGACAAAGUUGGAUUUACACCAAUCAUUUCAAAAAUAGAUUUUUAAAUCAUUUCAAAUCAGUGGUUUGCAUUCUGCCAACACACUUUGUAAAGCCAAUUUUGUAAUUCAACUUUGUUGAAGUAUAAUUAUUGUAAUUUUGAUUAUGCAUUUUACAGAAGUCAGAAAUUUUUUAAUGGCAUAUUUUAUCAAUUUUUAUUGAAAUCUAUUAAAAUUUUGAUUUUGAAUCUCACAAAACAAGAGUUUGUCAACAUUGGCAUGUGGUGAGAAUUUCCAAGUACCUCUCAUUCUUUGCUAUAUUUUUUUUAAUUUACAAAUAAAAUUGUUUAUAAAUACUAUUUCAAUGGUGUUUUUAAAAGUUUAUUAAUUUGUUUUCAAGUUUAAGGAGAUUGCAGUACGAGUAUUUAUUUCACUGCCUGCAAGUAGCAUUUGUUAGCUCUCUGGUCGUCGUAUUGUGUUUAACUCCAUAUCCGAUGCCCUUGCCUUAUCUUUCGAUUGUCAUCAAGUGAGAGGAAAUAUCACAAUAACUUGUUUCUGUACUUUUGGGAUUACGAAGAAUUGUUGACGUAAAUACAUCAUUUGAGGGUAUAUUGUGAUGGAUCCAUAAGCUCUAAGUGGAAGAGCGCUCAUUGGCUUCGGGGGCUUAUGAGAGGUUGGUGGUUCAAAUCCGCCUGGAUCCGAUUAAUUUCGCAGUUUUGAACGAUUUUAUUUUGCCUUACUAGAGAAUUUUGAUGUUUUGGCUUGUUCUUAAUUUUUUUAUAUCUUAAUUUGUUUCAUUUUUUAAAUUAUAAAUCAAAUGAAAAAAAAAAUUCUUAAAAUUUUUAAUAUAGAUAUCAAUAAAUUUUGAAAUUUUGGAGUUAAGAUGCCAACACUCUGUUCCUUUGCCUUUGCUACCGUUGUUCUUACUCUUAACAAAUAGAUUCGGGGACGGCCCAGAAUUAACAAUUAAGCUGGUUUUACAGUAGAGUUUGACAACGUGUUUGAUAGCAUUUUUAAUUUGGGUGAUCUGGCAAGGAAAAAAAAUUUUAAAAAAAUGCGGGACACGAAAGGAAUAAAGAAGUGAGGGCCCACGUGAAUAAAUUGCCCCAAAAUUCAUAACAUAUUCUUCCCCCAAAUGGUGGAACCCUCAACUUCGAGUCCAGCGAAGUUGUAAUCUGGGAAAACCAGGGAGAUAUUGUCAACGGUGGCCAUAAUCUUCUUGCCAUCAUCUUCAUCUUCUUCAAUUGUAGCUUCGUCUUAUCGGUUCAGCGGCUCCAACUUGUAACAGGCUAUAAGUCGUCAUCCAAAUCCAAACACCUCGUGAAGGUCCAUCUUCUUCAGUCCGACUUCCAGCUUCUUUCAGUGGGGCUCCGAGCUUUGUUUCCAUUUUUCAGUUAUACUCCAUCGAAAUGUGAAGCUGGUUGUCUUCCUUUAGUCUAGCUCACUCAAGCUUCUGAACGCGAGGAUCCAGCUUCUUUGGGUGUAGCUUCGAGCUUCGUCCAACCAACCUAACUUCUUGCUCCAGCUACGUGUAAACCAAUCACCUGACCCAUUACAAGCUGAAGAAAUCAUGGAUGAUGUGGAUAAGUAUAUUUUGGUGGAAUCAGACAACGAGAAUGUGGAAGACAAUAUGAACCAAUUGGAAGAUGAAAUCGCAAAAGGAGAUGGUAAUAUUGUGCCCAAGGUCGGAAUGACGUUCAAGAAUGAAAAUGAAAUGUUUGAUUUUUACAAGGCAUAUGCCUAUGUCGUUGGUUUUCCAAUUAGGAAAUGGACAUCUAAAAAGGAUGACAAUGGAAUGUUGAAAUAUUUGACUUUGAAAUGUAGUCGGGAAGGCAAAAGAAGUGGUACUACAAGCGGCUUUUUCAAGCCGCAACUGACAAUUCAGACGGAUUGUAAAACUAGAAUAUCUACAUAUUCAGAUAUUCAUGGCUCUUGGAGAAUUAACAUAGUUUGUCUAGAGCACAAUCAUAGAACAAGUCCGAUGAUGUCUAUGUUAUAUCAUUGUAAUCGAAAAAUGAGUAAUCAUGUCAAAAGGAAGCUUCAAGUGAAUGAUCUAGCAGGCAUUCCAUUGCACCGAUCCUACGACUCGACAGUGGUAGAGGCAUGUGGUUAUGAGAACAUGACUUGCGAAGAAAAAAAUUCUCGUAAUUAUAUUGAACUAGUUAGGCGACUACAACUUGAAGUAGGUGAUGCCGCAACAAUACAAAACUACUUUUCGACAAUGCAGUCAAGGUGCUCGGGUUUUUACUUUAGCAUGGAUUUAGAUGACGACUCACAUCUCAGGAAUGUAUUUUGGAAAGAAAAUUGGCCUAUGCAGGCAUUUAAGGAGUUUGGGGAUGUUGUUACAUUUGAUACCACCUAUCUGACCAAUAAGUACGGCAUGUCAUUUGCCCCUUUUGUGGGAGUAAAUCAUCACAGACAAUCGACACACUUGGUUGUGGUUUGGUGUCAAACAAGGACACAGACACUUUCGUGUGGCUUUUAAUAAAAUGGCUUAAGUGCAUGCACGGUCAAGUUCCAAAUAGAAUAAUUACUGAUCAGGAGAGGACAAUGCAAAAUGCAAUUCAGAUCAUAUUUUCAAAUAUGAGGCACAGAUGGUGCUUAUGGCAUAUAUUGAAGAAGUUGUCUGAGAAGCUCGGCUACCACAUGGGUAAGGGUUCAAUACUUUCGACUAUUCGUGCAUUGGUUUUAUGAUUCCUAAACUAUAAUUGAAUUUGAAGGAGGUUGGAUAACGAUGAUCAAGUCAUAUGGGUUGCAUGAUAAUACUUGGUUGUUAGGCCUUUACGAUAAUAGAGGUCAUUGGAUCCCCUGCUUUUUAAAAACUACUUUCUAGGUAAGGAUGUCGACGAUGCAAAUAAGUGAGAGCAUGAAUUCAUUUUUUUGAUAGAUACUUUCAUUCAAAGACUUCUUUGGUACAGUUUGUUGAACAGUAUGAACGGGUAUAACGGAAUAAGAUUGAGAAAGAGUUCCAGGUUGAUUUUAAAUUGUUUUCACAAAUGGUACCGUAUGCGACAACUUAUUAUAUGGAGAAGCAGUUUCAGUCAGUAUACACCAUUUCAAAAUUUUGAGAAGUUCAAGUUGAGUUCACAAGGAAAGUUUACUGCGAUAUCGUAUCUUCCUCAGAAGGACUUCUUGGGAUGACAUACAAUAUAUGGGAAGAUGUCAUACAUGAACAACGUCGAAAGAAGAAAUCGUUCGAAGUUACGUUUCAACCUAAGGACUGUGAAAUUAGUUCCAACUGCCACUUGUUCGAGUUUAGAGGAAUAAUAUGCAGGCAUGCCCUCACCGUGUUGAUUCAUAAUGACAUAACAUCACUUCACGAGUAGUGCAUUUUGCGACGAUGGAGAAGAGAGGUUAGUAGAGCAUAUUCAAGGGUCACGGUCAAUUAUGACGGGUUGGUUAGUUCGCCUAGAUAAUUGAGAUAUGACAGUACGUGCCAAGCUUUUGCUACGCUGGCAAAUCUUGCUGCAGAUGGCAAAGUUUAGACCUGUGUCAUAAUAGAAUGGAUUGGACUGCAAUCCAAGGAGCUAGUGAUGACGAAGUCAAUUUGUGGAAAUAAUACUAUUUCGCAUUGAAACAAUGAGUUAGCCACUAUACAUACUAAUUCCCAAAAUAAUACGAACUAGAACAUAUUGGAUCCGACACUGUGCCGAAGAAAAGGAGCACAAAAAAACUUCGACGAAAAGGACCUUUAGACUCUUCUUCAAAGAAGGUACAGGUUUAUUGAAAGUUUUGUAGAAAUUUGUAAAUUAUUUGUAUACACAAAGUCUCAUUUAUUAUGAUGUACAUAUAGUUAAAUUUGACUUCAAUCAAGCGAAAGAGGCUGACAUGAAAGCAUAGUAGUACAUGUGUGGGUGUACCUGAAGGGCAGCCAAUUUCUGUAGAAAACCAAUAUUCCCCGUCUCCACAAGUCACAUUAUCACAAAUUUCACUUUCGACGCCCUUUCCAUUACCAGAACGUGGCAUGCUGACGUCAUUGUCAUAUGUGCAAUGCUUACAAUCUUCCAAUAUGAUGAAUUUGUCGUCAACAAAUGACUUGUACAAUUCGCAAGGCCAUGCGUUUGCGUACUACUAUCCACAUUUGUCAGAUCAAGGUAGAACAGGUUUUUGAUGCUUUUCGGAUAGCCCAUGCAGUUGAUGGAAUAAGUUACUCUUGUUUAUUUCGAACUUGAACACCCUGCCCCUGUAUUGGAUGGGAGCAAGGAUUACAAAGUUGGUUGCUUAUGUAUGUAUUUCACUCAUUUGUAGCUUGGCAGCGGAGUCCACUUUACCCAUUCGAAUGUUAUGUUUUUGUAUACACCACCCAUUUCGAAUCGAGAUCUUGUAUUUGGAGAAUGAUCACUAAGAUAUUUAAGCA